AAUUGCCUGACGUACGUAUUAUCUUCUCAGCGAUUUAUUAUUGAUAUUGUAAGUAAUUUACGUAUUUGGCAGAUUUAUUUUUGUUGAAAAAUAAGGAGUUGAUUAAUAUGCCUCCAUCGAAUGAGGAAGAUCCAUAUCAACAUGUUGCAAAAGGAACAUUGAAAAUAAAAGGCACGGAUACGUCAAGCAAGAAGAAGAAGAAGAAAAAUAAGGAAAUGAAAAAACUUGUAGAAGUUGCAAAAAUUAUUGAAGAAGAAAUGCCUGAAUCAGUUACAGUGAAACGAACAAAAGCGGAACUUGCAUUUCAGAAGAUGAAAGAAAAAACACAAAAUGAACGAAUAAAACAAAAAGCUUCUAAAACUCACAAGCAACGAGUCGAGGAAUUUAAUCGCCACUUAGAUGGCUUAACAGAGCACUUUGAUAUUCCUAAAGUUAGUUGGACAAAGUAAACUGUUACUUUAUUGUUACUAUCGAAUGCUUUCAAUAUAUUUUACAAUUUUCAAUAAUA